AAAGAGACAGCAUCAUCGACGUCUUCCCGGAAGUUGAGUUUCGCCAGCCGUGGGAGAGGCCGUUACCAGAGUAAACGCAGUUCUGAGGUUCUUGAUCUUCCACAAUGGGUGAGCCACAGCAAGUGAGUGCCCUUCCACCACCUCCGAUGCAAUACAUCAAGGAGUAUACGGAUGAAAAUAUUCAGGAAGGACUAGCUCCCAAGCCUCCACCUCCAAUAAAAGACAGUUAUAUGAUGUUUGGCAACCAGUUCCAGUGUGAUGAUCUUAUCAUCCGCCCUUUAGAAAGUCAGGGCAUCGAACGGCUUCAUCCUAUGCAGUUUGAUCACAAGAAAGAACUGAGAAAACUGAAUAUGUCUAUCCUUAUUAAUUUCUUAGACCUCUUAGAUAUCUUGAUAAGGAGCCCUGGGAGUAUAAAACGAGAAGAGAAACUGGAAGAUCUUAAGCUGCUUUUUGUACAUGUUCAUCAUCUCAUAAAUGAAUACCGACCUCACCAAGCAAGAGAGACCCUCAGGGUCAUGAUGGAGGUGCAGAAACGUCAACGCCUUGAAACAGCUGAGAGGUUUCAAAAGCAUCUGGAAAGAGUCAUUGAGAUGAUUCAAAAUUGCUUGGCUUCUUUGCCUGAUGAUUUGCCUCAUUCAGAAGCAGGGAUAAGAGUAAAAACUGAACCAAUGGAUGCUGAUGAUAGCAACAAUUGUACUGGACAGAAUGAACAAGAAAGAGAAAAUUCAGGUCAUCGGAAAGACCAGAUUAUAGAGAAAGAUGCUGCCUUGUGCGUUCUAAUUGAUGAAAUGAAUGAAAGACCAUAAAGGGUUUUUUGUUGUUUUUAUUUUUUCCUUUCAGUAAAUAGCAUCAUAUAUUAGUUCAUUUGCUCUUGGAGAGUCUUAAAAGAGAUAUAACUAGGAGUUAUGUAAACAGCUUCACUCUCCAACUUUAUCAAUUAUGAGAUGUCACAGGCAGUAAUUUCAUUUUAUGGCAAGCAUAGGCAAUGAGUGUGACUGCAUUAAGAGUAAUCAACUUAAAAAGCAAAGUGCUGCUCUUGUGUGGAAUAUUCCUGUUUUUGGAGUUGCACUAAACAUUGAAGAUAAUCCUCAGUAAUAGCAAAUUUCCAUCCUUGGAACGUAGACUUGUUAUUUGCUUUAAGAAUGAUAGAUAGAAGCAGCAGCCCUGUAGGUUGCUUGGUGUUAAAAAGAAUAAAAGAAUGAUAAAUAAA